ACUGAGUCUCCGACCAGAGACGAGCAGCUGCAGUGGGCCACCGAGCAGGUGGCCCAGCUGAAGCACGAAGUCAGCAUGAGGGACGACCUUCUGCAGCUCUACACCAACGCGACGGAGGAGAGCGAGCCCAGCUCCUCCUGCGGCACCCCACUGAGGCGCAACGAGUCGUCGGUGUCUCUGCAGAACUACCUGCACCUGGAGCUGCUGCAGCAGAAACUGCGGAGCCUGGAGACGGAGAACCUCAGCCUGAAACACAAGGCCCUGCAGAUGUCCACUGAGACGCUGGAGUACGAGAACAAGGAAGAGGAGCUGGUGAUGAAGUGUGUGAAGGAGCUCGGUGACUACAACGCCCAGCUGGCCAGCGUGUCUGAGGAGCUGGCGCGCAAGAUCGAAGACUCUGCCCGCCAGCAGGAGGAGAUCAGCGUGCUGCUGGCGCAAAUCGUGGAGCUCCAACAUAAAUGCAGAACGUGCACUGCCGAGAACGAGGAGUUAACCCAGGAACUUGCAGCAUCGAGAGAGGGUCAGGAGCACUUGAAGACCGAGCUGCAGUACACGCGGGACAAGUACUUCCAGUGUGGUGAGAUGCUGCGGGAGGCGCAGGAGGAUUUGAAGAACCUGAGGACCCAGAGCGGCCCCAACAGCUGCAUCAACCGCUACCUCACCGUGCCCGUCUACCCCAUGGACUCGCUGGCCGCGGAGAUCGAGGGGACGAUGAGGAGAGGCUUCCACCUGGACGGGACGGGGUCGCUGGAGAACAGUAACUACCACCGGAGGGUCUUCGAGACGGUGCGGGCGGCGAACCAGGCGGUGAAGCUCAAGUCCCGCUCGCAGUCUCCGCAGAACGUGCCGGGCUCGUCCUCGGGCGACCCCUCGGGUUUCUACAGCCUCCCCAGCACCCCGCACACCGGCUUCUACGGGUCCAGCACCCCCAGCAUCGGAGCGGACGAGAGGCCCCCGCCCCUGAACCUGGACAGCGACACCGUGCCGGGCGACGAUGGGGAGAGGAAGCUGGGGACUCCGGGCACUCCGGGGUGCCGCGACCUAGAGGUGGCUCUGCAGAGGCUGUCCCUGCGGCAGCAGUCCAGCCAAGACCAGGCCGCCCUCGAGCAGGAGCUGGAGCGGCAGCUGACCGCUCCGCCCGGCGACGACCCUUCAUCCAGCGGCGUCCUCACGCCCGCCGAGAGCGUCCUGUCGAUGGGCACCAACUACUCUGGGAGUUCGGGCCACACGGCCUACUCCGGCCUCUCUGUCGGUUCCUACCCGGAUAAGCUGAAGAUUGUGAAGCCGUUGGAAGGCUCGGCCACUCUGCACCAGUGGAAGCAGCUCGCCCAGCCGCACCUUGGGGGGAUAUUGGAGCCGCGCCCGGGUGUGCUCACCAAAGACUUCUGCCAGCUGGAGACGUGCGCGGACGAGGUCUACAACCUCCACGACCUGGAGGAGGAUGAGCCCGACUACAGCCUGUUCCAGCAGCCGGCCGGGCCUCCGCCCGAGCAGCCCAGGACAGACGUCAAUGGUAUUGAUUAUCGAUCGAGGAACUGGCUGCCGGAUACUCAGUCCACCUACACCAUAACCACCUGUCGCAUCAUGCACCCCUCGGACGAGCACCCCUCCGUCACCAUGAGUUUGCACUACACACCUGAACCCUCCAUUGGCAGUUUUGGCAAGCUGAGGCCCACCUCGUCCGACGGGAACUUGCAGAGGCUGCACCACCUCGCGUCCGGCGGGGGCCCGCACGGACCCCAGACGGUGGCGCUGGCCCCUGGCGCGGGCCGAGCGUGCUCCGACACGAUGGGCAGCGGGGAGCUGGGGCCCUCCGGCGCCCCGGGCCGCCGCAGGCGCUGCCAGUCCGAGUCGGCCACGAACUGCAGGGAGCACACCACCACCACCAGCACGUCGCUGGGGCUGGUCACCCUGCUGAAGGAGCACGGCAUCUCGGCGGCGAUGUACGACCCGGGCGGGAGCUCCGGCAAGGGGACCCCGCCGGGCGGCCGGCGGGCGGAGCCGCGGUGGGACAGCCCCCCGCCCCGCCGACCCUUCCUCACCAGCAGCCUGGCCACGUCCAUGCUCAGCGGGAGGAGGCCCGCCCCGCCGGGGGCCGGGGGCCCGAGCCACCGCCGCAGCGAGAGGAACAUUUUCAGCUUCAACCUGGUGGAGAAGCUGAGUCGGCUCGGGCUGGACCAGGUGGUGGCCAGGGGGAGGGUGGACCCGGCUGGCAAGGGGCCCAGCACGUGAACCCUGGAGCCGAGACCCUCGGGUUACCCCCCGGCGCGGAUCUGCACGGACUGAUUAGCACGGGAGAUCCAGCCCGCUGCCCGCGCAGUGCGGACGUUUCUGCCCGGCCCCCCUCGGGUUCUGUCCAACCUCCAGGUUCUGUGCUGGAUGAAACUGUUCUCAUUAAAUGAAAGGGGCAAACUA